AUGUUUCGUGAAUUCAUCAAGAUGGAUAAAGCCUCACGCAAAAUGGCUGGUGAAAUUUCUGAACCUGGCUCACGAGCCAUUGAGAUUGUAGUACGUCGGGGUCAUAUUGUUGAAGAUGGAUUUCAACAAUUAAACUCACUUGGGCCAAAGUUGAAGUCAUCCAUCCAUGUCUCAUUUGUCAGUGAAUGUGGCCUUAUGGAGGCUGGUCUGGACUAUGGUGGAUUAUCAAAAGAGUUUUUGACUGACAUAACAAAAGAAGCAUUUGCCCCUGAAUACGGGCUUUUUUCCCAAACCUCAACUUCAGAUAGCCUUCUAAUUCCCACUGCUUCUGCAAGAUUUUUGGACAAUGGUCUUCAGAUGAUUGAGUUCCUUGGAAGAAUAGUUGGUAAAGCUCUUUAUGAAGGAAUAUUACUUGAUUACUCUUUCUCGCAUGUGUUUGUACAAAAGCUUUUAGGACGAUAUAGCUUUCUUGAUGAAUUAUCAACACUUGAUCCAGAGCUAUACAGGAGUCUUAUGUAUGUCAAGAAUUAUGAUGGUGAUGUCAAGGAGCUCUUUUUUGACUUCACAGUUACUGAAGAAUCAUUUGGCAAAAGGCAUGUGGUUGAGCUCAAGUCUGGUGGCAAAGAUAUUUCUGUGACAAAUGAAAACAAGAUGCAGUACAUACAUGCGAUGGCGGACUACAAACUCAACCAACAGAUAUUUCCCUUUUCAAAUGCAUUUUAUAGAGGGCUAACUGAUCUUAUAUCGCAAUCCUGGUUGAAAUUAUUCAACGCAAGUGAGUUUAAUCAGUUGCUUUCAGGUGGCAAUUACGAUAUUGACGUCGAUGAUUUUAAAAAUAAUACACGAUACACUGGUGGUUACAGUGAGGGGAGCCGGACAAUCAAAAUCUUUUGGGAGGUGAUUAAAGGCUUUGAACCUAAAGAGCGCUGUAUGGUUCUUAAAUUUGUCACCAGUUGCUCUCGUGCUCCAUUACUAGGGUUCAAACACUUGCAGCCACCUUUUACCAUCCACAAGGUUGCAUGUGAUGUCCCUCUUUGGGCAACAUUUGGAGGACAAGAUGUAGACCGGCUUCCAUCAGCUUCAACCUGCUACAACACCCUUAAGCUUCCAACAUACAAACGUCCAGGAACUUUGAGAACAAAGCUUUUAUAUGCUAUCAAUUCAAAUGCCGGAUUUGAACUUUCUUAA